CAUGCGCAGUGCAAGGCCGGGGGGCCCCGCCGCUACGUCUGCUGCUGACGGCUGAGCGACUGCUGCCCGCUCUCAUGUGCUGCUGCGAGAUGGUGCUGGUGCUGGUGCUGGCCGCCAUUCUGGCGGUGUUCGUCUGGAAGAGGCUGACGGCUCCAGAAGAGGAGCCGUUCAGCCAGCGGAAGCUGGAGGACGCGUGGUGGGGGCCCGGGGAGCCCAGGGAGCUGGAUCAGUCCGUCCGGCCUUUCUCCAUCGACGUCCCGGACAGCGUGAUUCAAGACUUGCACGAAAGGCUGAAAUCCACACCAAAGCUAACGCCACCAUUGGAAGGGGUCGGCUUCGAGUAUGGCUUCAACUCUGAGUACCUGCAGGAGGUGGUGGAGUUCUGGAGGACGCAGUACGACUGGAGGGAGCGCGAGAAGUUCCUGAACCAGUUCCCGCAGUUCAAGACGACCGUGAGCGGCCUGGAGCUGCACUUUAUCCACGCCAAGCCGGCCGAGGUCCCUCAGGGCACAGUGGUGGUGCCACUGCUGCUGCUGCACGGCUGGCCGGGAUCCGUCAGGGAGUUCUACUCGCUGCUGCCGCUGCUCACCACACCCAGGAAGGGCGAGCGGUUCGUCUUCGAGGUGGUGGCCCCUUCCCUGCCCGGGUACGGCUUCUCGCAGGGUGCGGCCAAACCCGGUUUCGGGCCCGUGCAGAUGGCGGCCGUCAUGAAGAAGCUCAUGGAGCGACUGGGCCACAACAAGUUCUACGUCCAGGGUGGAGACUGGGGGUCUGCCAUCGGGAAUGCUCUGGCGAAAUACUUCCCCAGCUACAUACUGGGACUGCACGUGAACAUGUGCUCUGCAGACAGCCUGAAGGCCAGGCUCAAAGCCACGGUCGGCGGCUUCUGGCCGACGCUGUUCGUGGAGCGCAGAUACGCGCGCAAGGCCUUCCCCUACUGGAAGAACUUCUUCAACCUGGUGCUGCAGGAGAUGGGCUACAUGCACCUGCAGGCUUCCAAACCGGACACCAUAGGGAUUGCACUGCAGACUACACCUGUCGGCUUGGCCGCCUACAUCCUGGAGAAGUUCUCUACCUGGACCGAUCCGUCCUGGAAGACUCUGCCCGACGGAGGUCUAACCAAAAAGUACGAACUGGCGGACCUCCUGGAUAACGUCAUGAUCUACUGGGUCACCGGCUCCAUCACCACCUCCGUCCGGCUCUACUCUGAAGCUUUCAGCAAAGCAGCGAAAGUCGGCCGCAAGAGAGUCAUCGAGAAGUACCCGCCGACCGCCGUGGCGCAGUUCGAGAACGACCUGGUGUUCACCCCUGAGUCCAUGGCCCGCGACGCACACCCGGGCCUGGUGCGCUACAACGUCUACAGGGGAGGACACUUUGCGGCCUUCGAGGAGCCCAAAGUGCUGGCCGACGACGUCUGGGACUUCGUCAAAUCUAUACGAUCGUAAAUGUGUGUGUCAGAGAGAGAGAGAGAGAGAGAGAGAGAGAGAGAGAGAGAGAGAGAGAGAGAAUCGUACACAUACUCACCAGAAUUAAAUGUUAGAGUGUAUGCGUUGCACUAAGGACAAAUUUAAACUGUAAAGUUAAUUGUAAUCAUUGUAGUAAAAAUAGUUUAUUUUUUUUUUUAACCACAUUGCGUUCUUUGCUUACUAUACCCAUGUUACCCUAAUACAAGGUGCCCCAGGAGGAUUGAUGAGCAUUCAGGGACUUGCCAGCAACGGUCAUUCGAAGCAGAAGAAUCUAAUAAUUGUGGGGUUCAAAAUACACACCUCAGAAGCGCUCGUUCAUUUUCGCUACUGUGAAAACACAUCGCUUCUUCUAAACAAGUACUCGUAACUCUUAACGUGUCCAUUUUGUACUAGUGUUUUCUGCUUCUACUGAUCGUUGGUGCACGAUGUUCGGCGCUCUGAGACAAAAUAGGGGUAAGCUGUAUGGAAAGAUAGGUAAUGUACAAUUUGUACAAGAACCGAGACGGAGCUUCUCGGAUUGAAAACGUGUAAGACGGGGACGUAGUCUUUAACCGCUAGUGUUCAAUCUAUAUAUCGAAGAAACAAAGGUGGA